AGACCUGACCCAUGACAGCAGAGCUGCUGCUCUGUGCUCUAAGCCUGACCCAGGACAGCAGAGCUGCUGCUCUGUGCUCCAAACCUGACCCAGGACAGCAGAGCUGCUGCUCUGUGCUCCAAAUGAAAUGGGCACCGUGUUCCAGGCCAAAACCAAAAGGGAAUUUUUCUUCCAAGCCUAUCCUCAGGUAAUCCUUGAAACCUGACUGCCUAGGAAAUCAGUGCUGCUUUGCCUUGUUUGGGGUUACUCAGAGGGAUUUGAUUCUGCUGCUGGGAGCUGGUGAGAGCAGGCAUUUCUGCUGUGUCCCAUCCACCACAGCUCUGUUUUUCCCUGUGCUGUCCCUGCCCAUUGCUGUGUCUGUGCUGCAGUGAGCCCCUUUGCUGGCUCUGUGGCCUCAUGAAGCAGGGCUGAGGCUCUGAGGCUCUCCUGGCUGGUGAGGCAGAGCCCUGUGUGCUGGCACAGACAGGCUGAGUGUGUCCCUGCCCCGAGGAAGGCUCAGGCUGCCAGUGGUGGUGAGGAUAAUGGAGUGUGUCCCACAGCAACGUGGCCCUUCUGCCUCCCAGCCUGGUGUCUGAGCACAGGGGACACAGAGGGGCUGAGCCAGGCAGGAUCUGCUGCAGAGGAACAACCAGGGGCUGGUGGGUGCUGUCUCCCAUCAGGAAACUGAUGCAAGGAAGAGAGGACGAGGGUGAGGUGAGGUGAGGCUGGCAGCAGGAGUGGAAAUACUGGGUUGAAUCUCCAGCCUUGGUUCUCUUGGAUGCCUUGUCCUGCUCAGCACCAGCUCUGGGACUGGAGCCAAGGUGGUGAGUCUUGUCUACCCCGAGCAUCUGCUGCGUGGCAGGAGGGAGCACCAGGUCCUUCUGGCUGCCCUGCUCUGCCAGGGCUGUGAGCAGCACAGCUGGGGAAUGUUCUUGGGGUGGCACAGGGCGGAUGUGGCUGCCCAGCCUGGGCACUGAUAGCAGGCACUGCCCUCAGCUGCUUCCAGGUUCAGAGUCCUUCUCUCCUUGAGGGAACCUCUAGGAAGCUGCACUUCAAUUUUUCUGAAUUAGAGGCAAAGGCUGGAUGAUCCUGUGGCAGUGCAGUGCUGGGGAUUAAUUGGCUCAGAGCUGUUCUGAGGUGUUCUAAGAGCUGGUUGUUCACAGCAUGUUGGUGCCUGAUUCUCAUCCUGAACUACACCUCCAUGCCUGCCAAAGUUUUUCUCCUGCUACACAGGAGGAUGUGUUUUCAGCAAAGGCUUCCAUGUGGAAGACUGAAAAAAAUUAAAUAAAAAGUAACUCCAAGCUUGGAAUGGUGUUGCCAGAGGGAAUGUUUACAGGGAAGCAGCCUGAUAAACAAGGAAAAUCGGUGACUUGUAAAGAGGUGAAAUUGUACAGUGUGGCAACAAUUCCCAGCUUGUCAGAGCCUCACAGUGGUCACAGCCACCUCAGGCUGACUGCAGAGUCUCCGUUUUUACAGGCAGCCUCAGGAAAGCAGGCUGGACCGAAAAAGUAACGGAAUUAUGUGGAACUUGUCUGAGUCACUGACCCUACAUCUCCACAAGUUCUUUCAGGGCACUGCCGUGAAGGAGGACCAAAGAGGCUGCAGCUGAGAGGAGAUCUGCCCUUUCUGGUCACCAAGGGUUUCAGAUCUCCUCCCCUAGCCUCUCCCAGUCUUUUGUACUUUCUGUGCUAAUCCAUCCAGUGCAGCAUACACUGACAGAGGCAGGAGCUGGAGAGCCUGCUCUGAAAGUCUCUGAAUGCUGCUGGACCAGCUGCAGGCAUGAACUUGAAACCCGUGCUCAUCCUCCUUGGUCUGGCCUUAGCCACGAUCUUCGCUUUGGUCUGCGUGCUGCUGACCAGGGAAAGGAGCCCCAGGACGUGCCAGCACCUGCCCCCGCAGCAGGAGGAGACGGAGGAUGGCCAGAGCCUGGUGUUUGCUGACCUGACGGCCGAGGAGAUGUCGCAGGUGGUGCGGUACCUGCAGGGCCACCUGGGGGUGCCGCUGGUGGAGGCGUCGCGCGCCGAGCCCUCGGAGAACUGCAUCGCCUGGCUGGACGUGCAGGUGCCUGCCAAGGCGGAGGUGCUGCGGUUCCUGGACUCAGGCGGGGCUCGUCCCCCCCGGGAGGCUCUGGCUGUGCUGUACUUUGGGAAGCAGCCAGAGCCCAACAUCACCGAGCUGGUGGUGGGGCCGCUGCCCAGGCCGGCGUACCACCGGGACGUGACGGUGCGCAAGUACGGCGGGAAGGUGCCCUACCACCGCAGGCCCACGCUGGCUGUUGAGUACAAGCAGAUUGGAGCCUUUCUGAAGAGCCAAGUGUUCCCCUCAGCUCCAGCUUUCAUGCAGCAAGUCAUGGAGUACGAUGGAGCCAACCUUGCCGCCGUGACAGCUGCUCCCCGUGGGUUCCAGUCUGGGGACAGGGUCACCUGGUUUGUCCUGUUUCAGAACGUGAGCGGAUUCUUUCUGCACCCCGUGGGGCUGGAGGUGCUGGUGGACCACAGCAGCCUGGACAUGUCGGAGUGGGCGGUGAGCAGGGUGUUCUACAACGGGCAGUACUACAGGGACAUGGUGCAGCUGGAGAGCGCCUACGUGCAGGGUCGGAUCAGCGUGGAGAAGGUGAGGAAGGCGCCGCGGGACGGGGAUUUCUCCUCCAUGAAGCCUCGAGCGCCCGCGGCCGCACCGUUCCCGCUGCAGUUCGAGCCGCAGGGUCCCCGCUACAGGGUCAGGAACAACCAGGUGCUCUUCCAGGGCUGGAGCUUUGCCUUUGGCAUGAGCGUGAGCAGGGGCCUGCGGCUGUUUGACAUCCGACACAAGGGGGAGAGGGUUGCCUACGAGAUCAGCGUGCAGGAGGCGCUGUCCGUGUACGGCUCCAACUGCCCGGCGGGGAUGUCCACCCGCUACAUGGACGGCAGCUUCGGCCUGGGGCGCUACACCUCGCCCCUGGUGCCAGGGGUGGACUGCCCCUACCUGGCCACCUUUGUGGACACGCUCUCUCUGUCUGACAGCCUGAGGCCCAAGAAGAGGAAGGCUUCGCUCUGCAUCUUUGAGCAGAACCUGGGCUCGCCUCUGAGGCGCCACUACUCCAACUUGCAGUCGCUCUACUACGGGGGGCUGGUGAACUCGGCUCUGGUGCUGCGCUCCAUCGCCACCGUGGGCAACUACGACUACGUGUGGGACUUCAUCUUCUACCAGAACGGGGCCCUGGAGGGCAAGGUGCAGGCCACGGGGUACCCAAGCUCGUCCUUUCUCCAUGGGGAUGGCCUGAGAUAUGGCAAUAGGCUUUGGGAGCACACCCUGGGUACAAUACACACCCAUUUUGUCAACUACAAGGUGGACUUGGAUGUGGCAGGGGUAAAAAACUCCCUCAUGGCCCAUGACAUGGUGUUUGAGAUGGCACAGGCUCCCUGGAGCCCGGAGCAGCAGAUAGAGAGGCCACGACUCACCAGGAGAGUCCUGGACACAGAAGACCAGGCUGCCUUCCUGCUCCACUCCAAGAUGCCCAGAUACAUCUACUUUGCUGCCAACAGCAAAAACAAGUGGGGCCACCAGCGUGGCUACAGGAUCCAGAUCACCAGUUCUGCAGGGGACCACAUCCCUGAGGCCAGCUCCAUGGAGAGGGCCAUCAGCUGGGCAAGGUACCAGCUGGCUGUCACCAGGAGGAAGGAGGAGGAGCCCACCAGCACCAGCAUCUACAACCAGAACGACCCCUGGACACCCACUGUGGCCUUUGCUGACUUCAUCAACAACGAGACCAUCACCAACGAGGACCUGGUUGCCUGGAUAACUGCUGGCUUCCUCCACAUUCCACACUCUGAGGAUAUUCCCAACACUGUGACCGUGGGAAACUCGGUUGGUUUUCUCCUGAGGCCCUACAACUACUAUGACCUGGACCCCUCUAUAUACUCCCAGGAUGGUGUGUUUUUCACCAGCGAGCAGGACUUUACAGCAUGUGAAAUCAACCCUCUUGCCUGCCUGCCCAAAACUGCCUCUUGUUUGCCAAACUUCCCCCCAUUCACUUUUGAUGGUUUUCGAAAUAUGAGCAGGCUUUAAUGCCUCAGGAUGGUGAGGAGAUGUGGUCAGAGACACCAGGCUGACUGUUCUGUCUCCAAUUUUCAGCUUUUUAGUGAAGUUGUCUCAAUUUUCAGUUGUCCAGUGACUUCAUGUUUUAUCAUUGCUUUUGAAAUAGUGCUCUUGAAAAGGGAAACAUGAUUUUCCUAGUAUGAUGUGAGAUGGAAGUCUAUGUUAUCUGUUAACUCCUGAAUUUGAGUCUAUUGCCAGAGGAGAGUCAGGAGAGAAUCCUGUUCCUCUGCUGUAGAAGCAAGUGCUGUGUAGUGCAUAUCUCAGGUUAAAAUAAUGAAAAUGGUGCUGGUCCAA